UAAGGUUCUGUUUGGACUCAUUUAAAAUAACGCCUCUUCCACAGCGCUCUAUAUACAAAUAUCACACCUCUACUUGUAUAGUUUUCUUCUAUAAAUAGUGAAGCCAAUUACACAGUAUUCUCAUCAAAAACAAGUAACAACACAUCAAAUCAUCAAAUAUGGCUUCAAAAGCAAUAGUUUUUCUUGUUCUUUUCUUAGCUAUGGUUGUCAUUUUCAUAUCAUCAGAAGCUGCAGCUAGAGAUCUCGCCCAGACUUCUACUACCGUUGAAACAUCGGAAGUUGACGGAGGAGGCGGAAAUGGAGGAUACCAAGGAGGCGGUGGAAAUGGUGGCGGCAACUAUGGUGGCGGACACGGUGGCGGUGGUAAUGGCGGCGGCAACUAUGGCGGCGGUGGUAAUGGCGGUGGCAACUAUGGUGGCGGACACGGUGGCGGUGGUAAUGGCGGCGGCAACUAUGGCGGAGGACGCGGCGGCGGUGGUAAUGGUGGCGGCAACUAUGGCGGCGGACGAGGCGGCGGCGGUGGAAGGUGCCGUUAUGGUUGCUGUGGAAGGAGCUACUACAGAGGGGGUUGCAGGUGUUGUACGUUUGCUGGUCAGAAGGUGGAUGCUGAACCUCAAGCCAAACCCUAAACGUACUUCAAAGUAAUUAAAAGCUGACCAGGAAAAAAUAAGACAUGUUUAGAUCUAAAGUAAUUUCUGUACAUGUGUGGUGCAUGAACUGAUAAACGAAUGAUAUGAUAAAUGUAUAUUCGUUCAUAUAUGCACACACACGGGUGUAUACUUUUGCUCGAUCCAGUCGUCGUGUCAAAAUAAAAAUCUCCUUUUGGUUAUUA